GAGGAGGGUAGUGGAGGAAAGGCAUGGAGGGGAGAGGAGGCGGGGAGGGGAGGAUUGGUGUGGAGUGAAGCCGAGGCAUGGAAGGGAAUGUGGAGGUGUAGUGGAGCGGGAGCAUGGCAAAGAAAGGAGACAUGUGGCCCCUCCUAUGUCAGAUAGUGCGGACUCAGAUGUGCAGCAGAACAAGCGAACCAAGAGACAGAAAUCAAGGGGACCCAUAUAUACCAAAGAGGAGAAUGCUGCAUUGGUUGCUGCAGUAUCAAAAGAAAAAGUGACACUCUUCUGCCAAUCCGUGCCAGCAUCUGAGAAGUCAGCAGCCUGGGAACGAGUCCGGGACUCCGUGAAUGCGGUCUCCAAGUUUCACAGGCCCACCAAUGGCGUCAGACACAGGUUCUAUGAUUGUCGGGCAACGGUUACAAAGAAGAUGCAGAGGCUUCGACUAGGACAAAACCGAGGAAAGCCUAUCAAGUUGCGAGAGUGGGAGGCGGAGCUAAGAGAUGUCCUUCUGGCAGAGGAUGUCCCUGGAUUCAGCAGCAGGGGUCACAAUCAUAGAGCUGGUGAUCAAGAAACAUCAUCCUUGGAAGGAUCAGCUCCAACUCCAAGUACAUCCUAUCAACAACAUUCUGGUGAAAGCUGCAUUCAAGACCCUCCAGCAUCGGCUUCUGGCAGGACCAUUGCUCCUCCUCAGGAUCAGCAAUACCACCCUGAGAGGAGAGUACAGUGCAGCCCGCACUCUCCUGUUCUUCUUUUGGAGAGGCUGGAGAUUCAGCCAGAGAUUACCCCUAUCAUUCCCCAGACUCCUGAUUUCUCCCCCGGCCCAGAGGAGGAGCACAGAGGACAAGGUUCAUUCAUUCAGCCACCCCAUGCCCUGAUGCCACCUACUGCUGUACCGCCUUUCCCAACUGUGCAGGAGAUCAUUCUGAGGGAGCUUAUAGAAUUAAGGUGUGACAACCGAAAACUACAACGAAAGGUCAAAAGGCUUACCCGGCUUACCCAUCAGUUGAGCAGGCAGCAAACUGAGAGUUUUGAAAUAAUUUUGGCCCGGGCAAGCCAACAACACAAUUAGGCAUUGGACAGAGUAUAUUUUGUUUACUUGAAGAUAUUUCCAGACACAUUGCUCCAAUGCCUGGGAGCUACGAUGAACAUAUAACCAACAAAGACGUUUUGAAAAAUGAAGGCUAGACCUUCCUCUGCCCAUCUCAUCGCAAAUUAUUAUGCAGAAUCGAUCUUUUUACUGUUCCUUGAUUUUGGUAGAAACGUUUUCUUAUGCUGCCAAGUUACACCUACCCAGCAUGUGUGUUUGUAAUUUCUAUGAAAAUAUUUUUUUUUUUGUGAAUAUAAAACUAUUUUUGGUCUAA